AUGAUCGAGGAAUGCGCUGCCAUCGGGCUCCUCAUCAAGCAGCUGCCCCGGUCCGCCUGCGGGGGUCACGUCUGGCACCGGGGCGAUGCACUCCUAGAUGCGCUCCUGGUGGCGCGGCUGCUGCGCGCGGGGCACGCUCCGGCCUCCUUGGCAGCCAACUUGGCCUCGCCCUUCCUUGGAAGGCCGAAGGCCCUGCAGGCCAUGCUCCAAGCUCCCGCGCUCGCAAUCCCAGCUGCAAUCGCCACGACCUUGCUUGAAGUGGUGGUCCAGGUGCCGCAGCUCCUCCCGGAAAAGUUCCGGCGCGCGCAGCUGCACCAGGCAAACACUGAAACUAUCAUCGGCGUCCUCAUGCAGAUGCAGUGCAACAUGACUGGGGUGGUUGAACAUUCUCGCUUCGAGUCCGUCGGCUCCGCAGUGUUUGCGGAGGGCUCUCUUGCAAACCACGACUGCGCACCGACGUGCCAGUUCCUGUUCCUGUUUGCCGGAGAGGGGCUGCGGCCGACCCUGAAGCUGCAGGCCGUGCGUGACCUUGAGGCCGGGGCGAGCCUGACCAUCUCUUAUGGCGACCUGGCGCGCCCGGUUUGGGAGCGCCGAAGAAACCUGCAGGCCUCGCACUGGUUCAGUUGCAAGUGCUCGAAGUGCAUGCAGGAUCUGACCGCGCAAGGCCUCCUGAAGCAAGUGCACCUUGUCAGUGAUGCCAAGGGACAGCUCCUACAGGCCCUCUUUGAGAGGACGCUGCCGGAGGAAGCCGAGCUCCAGAAGAUGCUUUCCGUGUUCCGGGCCCUGAAGUUGCCCUUUGCGAGCUCGGCCGCCAACGCCGCCGUGGGCGCGGCUUUGAAGGACUUGUCGAGGUUGGAGCCCCUGGACCGCAGCGAAAGUGAGGCUCCCGGCCUGGAAGCGCGCGCCCGGAGCAAUCUCAAGCUCAUCCGAGGCAUUCUCGCCAAGCUGCUCCCAGCAGUCCAUCGGGAGGCCGUGAUCUUGCAGGAGCUGCGGGGCUUGGCCCUGUCCACAGCAGAGUUGGCUAAGGACCCAGAGACUGUCUUGGAGAUGGCAGGAGAGCUCCUGGAUCGCUGCGAGCGCUGGUAUGGCCCCCUCCAUUUGAAGCGAUGCUCUCUCCUGCGGGCGCAGGCGGCCGCGCACGGAACCCUUGGCUCCAAGCUGAGGGCCGCGGAGGCUGCGGGAACCCUGGCGGAGCUCCAGGCUCGGCUCGGCCUCAGCGAGGGUGUCGGGAACUGUGCCAAGGACACCGCUGACCAGGAGGCAGAAACCGCGUUUGUGUGUGAACUGGAUGCCAUGGACUAG